AUGGGUGGGUCUGUACAACAGGGUUUAAAACCCAACAGAUUUUGGUCCUGUAGCAAAAUAAGAACACAACGAUCUCUAGUACUGGAAGAUGUCACCCAUGGCAUUGAGGAAACUGCUGCAGAAUGCCAAAGGCUGGGAGCCACAGUUCAUACCUUUGUGGUUGACUGCAGUAAGAGGGAGGAGAUUUACAGGGCUGCAGAGAAGGUGAAAAAGGAGAUUGGUGACAUUAGCAUCUUGGUGAAUAAUGCUGGCGUAAUUACACCUGCAGAUCUGCUUUCCACACAGGACCAUCAGAUAGAACAAACAUUUGCAGUCAACAUUCUUGCUCAUUUCUGGACAACAAAAGCAUUUCUUCCAACAAUGAUGAAGAAUAACCAUGGCCAUAUUGUUACAGUUUCUUCAGCAGCGGGUCACACGCCAGCUUCUUUCAUGUUGUCUUAUUGUUCAAGCAAGUUUGCUGCAGUUGGAUUUCAUAAAGCUCUUACACAAGAACUGUCUGCAUUAGGAAAAGAUGGAAUAAAAACUACAUGCCUUUGUCCUAUUUUUAUCAACACUGGCUUUGUCAAAAAUCCAAAAAUGAGAUUAACACCUAUUUUGGAGCCAGACAUGGUUGCUAAAAAACUCCUAGAGGGGAUACUGAUCAAUCAGAAAAUGAUUUUUGUUCCAUCAUCUUUGAACAUCUUCCUAUUCAUGGAAAAAAUUCUUCCAGAACGUGCCUUAGCAGCUUGGAAUAAGCUACAGUCAAUUCAAUUUGAUAAAGUUGUUAGAUACAGAAACAAGGAAUGACAUGCUAAUACGUUUCCCCUCUAUAAUUGCUUGGCUGCAGUUAUACAGUGUUUUGAAUGAUUCACAACAAAAAAGUUAUGUGGGAAGGCUUUCUAGCAGCCUUCCCACAACACUACCGCCUGACAACGGCCAGGUCUAUACUAGGAAUAUUGGGGAUUUUACUGUAUUGUCUUGGGGAUUUUAUUGUCUUGCAUAAUUAAUGUAUUAGGAUACCUAGAGAUUUGGAAUAGCAUCUUUAUCAUUUUAAAACUACAUAAAUAACCAGAUAAUAUACAAAAUUCAUAUCUACGCUUCAACAGUCUGCAUGGGGAAGAAGAAAACUGGAGUCCUUCCAACUGAAUGUUACUUAAUUUUUUUUUGGUACUCUGAUACCUUAAAUCAUUAUUAGCACAUUUGUAAUAUUUAAACAGGUUGGUUAAAAUGUCUUAAAUCUGAAGGUAUUCCUUACUAAAUCAUACAGUAUCUAUAUGCUAAGUUUUCUUCUCUCUCGAGGUCUUGUUAAUAUGGAAUUACAGUGGUUAUCAGAUUUACUCAAAUCCAAGAUGAUUUUUCCUUCCCCAUCAAUAUGGAGGGGGACAAAAGCCUCAUCUUAGAUUUGAGUACUGGCUUGGGGCAGGAGGCUGCUGCAGCCCCAGUUCCAGACCCAGAGCUGAGGGGUGGGAGGCAUGUGGGUGAUAUUGUAUUCUAGGGGGGAAGUGGAAGACUGGGGGAGACCAGUUGUUUGAGACUUGUGGGAAGAAUGUGUAGGAGACUGUGCAGCGUGCUGCUGCUUCUUUUGCUGGAUGAGGCUGAAGGUAAGUGAAGACUGGGAGGCAACAGGGUUGGGGGCAGGAAAGGGAUGUGGGAGGGACAAGGGCAGGGUGAGGGUGAGUCAGGCACCAGGGACAGGCAGCAGAGGAGGAAGGCACAGGCAUGGAAGGGGUAGUGGGGCAUGUGGCAAGAGGGACAAGCAGCAGGGGUUAGGUACAGAUAUGGGGAAAGGGGGCAAGGGAUGGCAGGAUUGGUGGAAACUCUGCUUCCAAACCAAAAAAUUCUGAAUAACUUUUUGGAAUAUUAAAGUGCAAGUUCUGUGUGAACAAAUUAGGAAUGAAUCAGAAAUUAAUAGAAGAUAGUGAGAUCUGUAUUAUAAAAAGUUCUGAAGAAGAAGAGGGGAGUAAAUUAUGAUAUAGAGAUGAAGAAACACAAAAGCUUAACAUCAACUAGAACAUUAACGAACUGUCAAAGACUGAAAGGAAGAGAAAAAACACAAGCCUGUGGACACUGAUUUGAAUUAGGGAAGCACUGAUAACAGAAGUUAAAUAUCUGUCUCUAUGUAUGUUUUGGGGGGUAGCUUUAAAUGUUACAUUUGUUUUCUGAUAGGUUGAUUCAUUAAUAAAUCAAGUUAAAGAAAAACCCACAAAACUGUCAUAGUAAGAUCUAACCAUCUCUGCAUCUCAUGUGCCCAGUGGUCACUGUAGUAGCCAUAUAUCCAUUCUAUUUACUUAUUAGCAGGGAUCCUGGUUUUCCCUGAUUAAAAAUAAAAAAUUCUCUGCUAAAAAACCCAAAAUCUGUGAUUAAAAUUAA